AUGGUAACCCCUGAAAGGAAAUCUAUUGAUCGGAAGUCUAUCCACGCUCACCGCACCAAAUUGUUGAGUGUUUUUACUGUAUCUUUUUGGUGGGAAGAAUCAAGUAUUUAUAUGGCAUGGUGUUCGUCAGCUCACUCGUUUAGUUUUGUACCUUGUGCUUGCGAACACCUAGAGACAUACGAACUGAGCUCGCGAGAAAGGAAAGGAGUUCAAGGGGCACAGGCAGGUUCGGUUCUUGACUGGAUGCAGAGGGUAAGAAUUGCAGUUGAUGUGGCAAGGGGUUUGGAAUAUUUGCACGAGAAGGUUCAAGUUUCGAUUAUCCACAGAGAUAUCAGAUCUAGCAAUGGCCUUUUUGAAGACUUCAAAGCAAAGAUUGUAGAUUUUAACCUCUCAAACCAGACUCCCGAUACGGUUGCUCAUCUUUAUUCUACUCGUGUUUUGGGAACCUUCGGCAUCAUGCACCUAAGUAUGCUAUCUUAA